UGUUUAUUUAUACUUUGAAAUUGAAAACUAACAUCACUCUGACUCUGAGACCUCUUUUGAAUCCCUAACAAACUCACCAACAAUGGCGAUUAUCUCCGAUUAUCAAGACGAUGAACAAACCAAGAAACAAACUCCUCCAUCAUCAUCAUCAUCAUCAUCAUCAUAUUCUCAAUCAAAACCCUCCAAAUCCAUUCCAUUCACUUCCACCUUCGAUCCAUCAAAUCCAACCGCUUUUCUUGAUAAGGUUUUCGAUUUCAUCGCUAAGGAAAGCGAUUUCUUCGAAAAGGAUUCCGCUGAGAAAGUGAUUUUGUCUGCCGGUAGCGCUGCAAAGGUGAAGAAAGCUAAGGUCGUUGCUGCUGAGAAAGCUAAGAUUGCUGCUGAGGAGAAGGCGAAGGCUGAGAAGGUUGCGGCCGUCGCGAAGAAAGAUAAGGAAGAUGAGAAGAAGGAUCAAGAAAGUUCAUUAGCCGCUCCAAAUAAGGGUAAUGGUAUGGAUCUGGAGAAGUAUUCUUGGACUCAAACUCUCCAAGAGCUCAAUGUGAAUGUUCCAGUGCCACAUGGAACAAAAUCAAGAUUUCUCACCUGUGAGAUAAAGAAGAACCAUCUGACAGUCGGACUCAAAGGCCAGCCACCGAUUAUUGAUGGGGAGCUAUACAAAUCUAUCAAGCCUGAUGAAUGUUAUUGGAGCAUAGAGGAUCAGAGUGUGGUUUCUAUUCUUUUAACCAAGCAUGAUCAAAUGGAUUGGUGGAAAUGUUUGGUAAAGGGUGAUCCUGAAAUUAACACCCAGAAAGUUGAACCUCAGACCAGCAACCUUGGUGACCUCGAUCCUGAGACUCGACAAACUGUUGAAAAAAUGAUGUUUGAUCAGAGGCAGAAGUCUAGGGGCCUUCCUACAAGUGAGGAGAUUCAAAAACAGGAAAUGAUGAAGAAAUUUAUGAGCCAGCAUCCUGAGAUGGACUUCUCCGGGGCAAAAUUAUCUUAGACUGGUCUCGUGCUUUUUUUAAAAUUGAAAAUAUUACAUCUCUUUGGAAAUAUAUAUUGUGAUGAUCUCAGCUUACAUUUUGUGAUGACCUUAGAUUACAUAUUUUGACUAGUUUUAUGAAGUUACAUUUGUGACUA